AUCACAUUCACAUUUCUCAACACGAAUUCAUAUUCAAAUCCUAAAUUCCCAAUCACAAAAUUUCAAUCGAAAAUGUCAGGUCGUGGUAAGGGUGGUAAGGGACUAGGAAAGGGAGGUGCAAAGAGGCACAGGAAGGUGUUGCGAGACAACAUCCAAGGUAUCACAAAGCCAGCUAUUCGUAGAUUGGCGAGAAGAGGAGGUGUGAAGAGAAUCAGCGGUUUGAUCUAUGAAGAAACAAGAGGAGUUUUGAAGAUCUUUUUGGAGAAUGUGAUUCGUGAUGCCGUUACAUAUACCGAACACGCUAGGAGGAAGACGGUUACAGCUAUGGAUGUUGUUUAUGCUCUCAAGAGGCAGGGAAGAACCUUGUACGGUUUUGGAGGUUAAAGAUGAUGAAGAAGAAGCUCACUUAUGAUUUUUCUUUAGCUGUUCAUGAUGAUUAUGAUUAGGUUUAUGUUGUACUCCUAUAAUUCUGAAUGAGAUUGAUGUAUGAUAUUCAGUUUUAACCUAAAUUUAAAGUUGAAACCAAAAUGAAGUGAUUGUGAUGGUCUA